CCUUUUCUUCAGUCUCCCUUUCCUUCCAAGACUCACUCUCUCUGUAUUCUUUCUUUCCUCUGUUUUCUCCUUCCGCUCCCCUCUCCAAAUCUUUCGCUCUCCCAGCCCAAAGAUCGUUUCUUUUCUUCAAACCCAACCAAGAAAACAACCCCUCUUUCUCUAUAACUAAUACCCAUAUUCCUUCUCACUUUGUGUUGUGGCUGCUUCUGAUAAGGAAACCCUGAUGAGGAAACUCUGUCCAAAUCUCGAUCGGGAAGAUGGGCUGGAGACGGUUUUGGAGGUCCCCAUCCCUGAAGAAAUGUUCAGUUCUUCUGGGAACAACAAGAAUUACUCGUGGCAGAGUAUGAAGUCCUGGAUGACGAGGCCCAACACCGCCGUCGCCGGCGGCGGGUAUAAUAGUAACCAGAAGGCUCAGUUGGCAGCAUUUGGGGAGAAGAGCACCGAGAUUCAGCUCCUGUUGGGUGUUGCUGGCGCCCCUUUAAUCCCUUUCCCUAUCAGCUCCGAUCAUCAGUUCGUUACCCGGAAUUUCAAGGACCAGCCGAUUGAGUCGUCGAUGGCGAAAUACAUUGUGCAGCAGUACGUGGCGGCGGUGGGAGGGGAAACGGCUCUGAAUUCUGUGGAGAGCAUGUGUGCAAUGGGGAAGGUGAAAAUGGCUGCCUCUGAAUUUUCUUCCGGGGAAGGGACAACGAACAACAAGGUGGUCAAGGUGAAGAAUUCGAAAAGUGGGAGUGGGGAGAUGGGUGGUUUCGUUUUGUGGCAGAAAAGGCCCGAGCUUUGGUGUUUGGAGCUGGUUGUUUCAGGCUGCAAGAUCAGUGCAGGCAGUGAUGGUAAAGUUGCUUGGAGGCAGACUCCAUGGCACCAUUCCCAUGCUUCCAGAGGUCCACCCAGGCCACUCAGACGCUUCCUUCAGGGUCUUGAUCCAAGGUCGACAGCCAACCUAUUCUCCAACUCAAUUUGUAUGGGUGAAAAGGCGAUCAAUGGCGAGGACUGUUUCAUGCUGAAACUGGAAGCGGACGCUUCAUCACUACUAUCAAGAAGCACCAACAACGUCGAGAUCAUAAGACACACGGUAUGGGGAUACUUCAGCCAACGAACAGGACUUCUAGUCCAGCUAGAAGACUCCCACCUCCUGAGAAUCAAAGCACCAGGAAACAACAGCGUGUUCUGGGAGACGACGAUGGAGUCGACGAUCCAGGACUACAGAACCAUAGACGGGAUCAACAUCGCUCACGCAGGGAGGACGAAGGUGUCGUUGUUCAGGUUCGGUGAGAAUUCAGAAACUCAUUCCAGGACAAGAAUGGAGGAGGUGUGGGCGAUUGAGGAAGUCGAUUUCAACAUCAAGGGGCUGUCAAUGGACUGUUUCCUUCCACCCGGUGACUUGAAGAAGGACGAAGAAGAAGGGUUUGGGGUGAUGGGUAAGGGUAAGGGUAAUGAUGGUGAAAAGUUUCUUUCAAAGAUUCGAUCGGGUUCUACCAAGAUCAGUGCAUCUAAAGUAGUUGCUAUUGAUGUUGAUGUUCCUGAUAAUCCUGAAGAGAAUGAUGAUGAAGAAGAAGAUUGGUGA